AUGCCAGCAGUUUCUGGUCAGCACGGUGUUCACUUUCUCCAUGCACGAGAAUGGCAAAAGACUGUCGGCAACUCGGGCAUGACGCCCACUGCAUUUAGCUUCUUGAUUCCUGUAUUUGUCGUGGCUAUCAUAGCGCCUUUUCUGUGCAUCUUCUGCAUUCGCAAACGACGGCGAACACAAAUUCCUGUCACAAUACGGCCAACGACAAAAGUCAAGAAGCCUGCGCUUAGACGAGAAGAAGCAAGAGAAAAGCUCAAAGAAGUCACUGAGGUACCUUCGCAAGCAAGCGAUGCAGGAGAAGAAAACCGAGAGAGGCCCGAAGGAGAAUCCCAGUCCAUAUCUGAGAAAGAGUGUGCCAUAUGUCUUUCAGCCCUCUACCUACCGUCGCCGCCAGAGCCUGCAAAACUCUCUCCAGAAACACCUGCUGCCGACACUCCCGCGCCUUCAUCCGUAGCAUCCGACCAGCCCCAAUCCACUAGCCCAACCAUCACCACCACUGCCACCACCACGGCCACCUCUCCUACAUCUACUCCCCAAUCCGACUCGGAACCCAUUCUAAAGCUUACCGUCUGCUCCCAUGAAUUCCACGCCGAAUGCCUCGUAUCAUGGUUCGUCCUGCGCAAAACCAGCUGCCCCAUUUGCCGCUCCAUGUACAUGAGCAAAGAAGAAAUGGACAAAUACGACGAAGAAGAGCAGAUCGCCCUCGGCGGCACACCCUCCACCACCAUCGCAACGCCCACCCCGGAUCUUGAAGCGCAGCAGACAGCGGCGCAACCGGAAGCAGCGGCUACGGUGCGCAACUGGCAGUACUUUUUGUACGGGCGCGAUGCGUAUCGGCGGGCAAGGGAGCGACGGGCUAGGACGCAGGGACAGAGUCAACCUGCCGUUGAGAUGCAGACUCAGACUACGACUGGUAGCGAGGAGAGCCAGCAAUCUGAUACUGAUACGGAGGCUGCGACUGCGACCGCUCAAGCGACAACACAGCAACCGGAGCAGCCGACUAGAUCGAGAUGGCAGCGAUUGCUCAGACGGGGGUGA